AUGGGAAUCUGUUUAAACAAAUAAUUUAUAGACUAAUACGAAAAAUUGUUUUCAGAUCAUCCUGAUUCAAAUAAAGCUAUUCAAUUGUAUCCAGCUUUUUCGCAUGUUAAAAUGUAUAUAAAAUGAAGUAAAAGAGUUCACAAUGAUUGGUAUCGAUUAGCUAAGGUAGAGUUUAAUGGUUUACCACAUGAAACAGAAGCCUUCUUAAAGAAAUGGAGAUCAAGAGAAUAGCAUCCUCAUUUAUUUUUAAUUCAUAAAAUUGUCACAGAUGAAACAAGUCGGGCUGUUAUUUAUUUGGAUUUCCCAGAAUCAAUAGUAACAGAACUUGAUGAUGAAUCUUAUUUACCACUUUUAGAUGCAGUAUUAUAGAUAAUGUCAAAAUGGUAAAAGUAAAGCAAGACAUAUUCUUACUUUGGACGUGAUUCUGUUUAUAAAGUAAUUAAAUCCAAGAAAAUAUAGGUUAGAUCUUUUGACGGUUAAUUUUAUUAUAAAAUAUUGGAUCCAAUGCUUCAUCCUUAUUUGAUAUAAUUCUAUAGAAAGUGUUGGUUACAAAAGAAUACAAGAUAAUUAGAACAAUUACUAAGCAAAUUUUAUUUGUCUCCCAUUUAAUUAGAGGCUUUGAGUAAAAAAGUAGAAUAUCCUAUACAUAAUUUCUAUAAGACAGAUGUAUUUUGUUUAGGAUUAUUUAUUUAUAAAUGUUUAACACAAGAUGAAGAUUUUUAUGAUCUUAUUAAUUAUAAAGUGAAAUUAGAUAAAAUUAGAAGAAAUAUAUAGGAUCUCAAACUAUAAAACUAUGCAAAAAUGAUAUUAUUAAAUAUGUUAGAAGAAAAUGAAGAGGAUAGACCAGAUUUCAUAUAGCUAGAACUUAAAUUUACACAUUUUUCACCAGAACUCAAAUAUAAAAGAAUAUUUUACAAUAUUAAUUCAAUGAUUUUUGAAGAAUCUUUAUUAUAAAUAACAUAAUUAGUAACAGAAUAAAACAAUGAUUAAGUUGUUCCUGAAGAAAUAUAAGCAUUUAAUUUUGAUGAAAGACUUGACUUUGAAAAUCUACACUUUUCAAUAACUACUAAUACUAAUCCAACAGCAGAAAUUCAUAAAAUGGUUGGAAAAGGAUUUCAUUCUUAAAUGAUUUUAAAUAAUAAUAAAUAAUCAAAUAUUGAAUUAGAUGAAGGAGUUAAAAGAAAAACUAGAAUAGAUUUACCUUGUUUAGGAUAUGCUGAUUUAAGUAAUUGGAAAACUGCUGAAGGUAUGUUUACAAAGGGAAUGCUUCAAGGAUAUGCUAGAUUGACUUUUUCUAAUGGAGAUAAAUUUGAAGGAUUCUUUGUUAAUAAUAGAGCAAAUGGAAAAGGAACCUAUACAUUUCAUGAUAAUCAAUACCAUAAAAAAGAAGGGACUUGGAAAGAUAAUAAAUUUAUAAUCACAAUUUGA